AUGGAGAAGAAGUCCAGCCGCCUGCCGGUUCGGGAUCGAUCUCGUCCAGAUCGUUCCCGCUCACCCCACCGUGGAGUUCGCCCUUGGGAAAAUGGAAGAGAGCCGAAAUCUGUUCUAUAUCCAGCGGACGUUCAGUUCCACCGACAAAAUUCUUCCAAAGCGAACAACAGUCGUUCACCAGUGAAGCCUUCUACUUCGCCAUCAAAACAUCGUCCUGCUACCAAAUUUACUCGAACAUCGCCUUUGAAAGAACAGCCACAGGCUCGCUGUACUCGAACAAUUUCACUACCGCACCAACCUGAUCGCAGUGCUCGAAAAUUAGUUGAGCGCAUGCGGAAAUGGAAUGAAAUGAACUGCCCUUCUAAAUUCGUGCCUGGAUUCAUGCCGUUGAGGGACGAGUCUAAAGUUUCUAAACCUCAUCAAACGACGCCAAAGAGUCGGAAGCAUGAGACAUGGACGAUAGACUACUUUACUAAGGAACCCUUCGUGUUUGACAGAGUAGAAAUCUCUACAGAUAAGUCGCAUCCUUUCAAAGAGAACAUUAGAGUAAUAGAGAGACCACGACAACGGACUUGCUCGUCACCCACAUUUGAAGACUGGGAGCGAGUGCAACACGGUUCACGCGAUCACUAUGCUGUUCCUAAUCCGUCCUCACCAUCAAUGAAUUGUGGUAACGUAGUACAAUUUCACGCAGAUGCCCAUACUACAUCAAAGAGGAAAGAUGCGGUCACACCUUCCCACAACGAUGGUCAACUGAACCAAACCACACCUGGAAACCUAGUAAGUCCCGAUGAUGUUUUCUAUACACCGAUGACCCAUAUCCGUCCUUCACAGCGAGAGCAAAGCAGUGAUUCGAAUGCUUAUCGUUCGCUGAAUACGCUCCAGUUCACGCCACCGGUUAGCCGACCGCAGUUUUCACUGAUAGCUGGCAAAGAAAGCGUGUCGGCAGUUCAUUCACCAUUCGAUCGGACUGACUCCUUCAGAAAGAAAACAGAAGCACAGCUAGCUGCGAUCGAUAAAGUAUCCAGUAAGAUAGACAUCGCUAUAAAGCAAGCUCGAGAUGUGUUAAGCAAACCAAUUCGUCUGGGUUUACCACUCUUCGAUAGUUCAUCUUUUCCAUCAUUUAGUGAAAAUCGUCAAACAAUUGAUCCGAGUCAACUGGAGAACUUUAAGAGGAUGAGUAAAGAUAGUGAGAUGUCACCACCUCGUCGCUCGCUACCUGCAGGAUUCCACCACUCAAAGUACGGAAAUACGUCAAAUAUAGGGACAGAUUCUGCACUGGAUCGCAGUAUGGAGAAGAUGUCCAACCGCUCGAGCAAUGCUCCCAUCGACCACGAUGUGUCAUAUUUCUUGAGCAUGGAAGCUGAGUUAGCCUACGCUGAGCGAGUGGAGAAAACCCACUCACAUUUGAACGCAACACGAUGCUUAGCCAGGAAAGCAGGGGAUAAGAUAAAAACUGCGCAGCAAAACGAAUACGCCGAUAUCGAUGCGAUUCUGGACUCAAUCGUACUGCAAGAUAGAUCGCUGAUGAGUUCUGAGAGCAGAGAGGCCCCUUCUGAUUUGCAGCCAAGCGCAAACUUCGAAGCUAAAAUUAAAGAACCAAGCCCAGUCAAGCCGCAAAUUAGUGAGCAGGAAGAAAGAACGGCUCACAUAGAUUCCUAUAUUCGAAUGCGAAAAAAGCUACAUAAACUGCAGGUGAAGGUUCUCCAACUGGAAAAGAGAUCUGCACCUUUUUCCGCACAAUCGAGAAAUAUCGAACAACUGAUCGAGACUGUGAAUGAAGAACACGAGAGGGAUGUUGAAGAUGCUGAGUUGUUGCUCACCCAGAAACUGGCAACUAGUGAAUUUCUGUUGUUAAUCAAACACCGUCAGCGAAAAGUUUACGAUGCAACUGAGCGAUGGUGCGACACCAUGAAGCGCCUUCUGCAUCUUGAUGUACCGGAGCAACCAAGGAAAUCUGCUGUUGUUCCGGCAAAUAAGGAAAACGCGAUGAGAUCAGAUCAUGAAGCAGUACGUGUAGAAACGAAAGUGCUGAUUGACAAAGCGGUGGACGGUGCUGAAGACUUGAGCGCGCGUACGAUGCGGCGCAACUUGGAGGCUCGCAGGGAGCAGGCUGAAAAGCUUAACCGGAGUUUCGAAGAGAGAUCGAGAGAUAUUGAGCAGAUGACAAAGAAGUCAAUAGCUGUGCAACUUCAUAAAUAUGACCGAGUAAUCGCUGAACGUACCAACCUGAUUAGUCAUCUCGAGAAGAUAUCUACUGAAGAGUGCUACGAAGUACCUAUUCUGCCUCCAAGAACUCCUACACCUCAUCGUGACGGCGUCGCUCCUUUAGACCUGAGCCAAUUGUCUGAGGAUGAUCCUGUCAAUGAGAUGGAAACACCUCACGAGAAUGAUGGCACUCACUCAGCCGCUGACAACCAACAGACGCAUUUUGAAGAGGAACAAACCGCUAUUUCUCGGACCCAGUCGCAGUCGACGGUUUAUGAAGACUCCCUUUCACAUUUCGACGACGAAGAUGACAGGCCCGCUUCAGUGAGUUCAGAGGCUACCCUAUACCAGUCUGAUUUCGAGGACCAGGGACCUACAACGACUGAUGCUAAGAAGACAGAUGACCAUCGAAUCCCGUCUCGACGUACAUUGGACACAGCUGAAACGCUAACUAUGCUCUCUCGUAAUAUUGUAGUGGUGGCGAGUACAUCUGAGAGUGACGACGUGCAUCAAAAGAUAGAGAGCAUCAUAAAUGAAGCUGUACGCAAGAAUGCGACAUCGCAGGAGGCUGAUUUGAGUGUACGCUUAGAGAAGGUGGAAACAAUUGAGGAGGUUGCUACUGCACUGGUGGUGCCUACCGAUGGCCGUUUGGCUGUAGAAGCUAAUGUUAGUCUCGAGUCGAUUGGUGUAGCUGGAAGAGGCGACCGCUCUUCGAAGGAUACCGCAUCUUCAAAGUUAGAGGAACACAAGCUCGUAGAUAAAACUUCCGACGACAAGGCUCUCGCUGGUGGUGACGUUCAGACCGUGCCUCCAGUUCACGCCAUUCCAGACCGCUUUCCUAGUGCCGUAGCGGUUGGUGAUACUUCACAACCAAAUGAGAAUCCUAUUCUACAACCUUCUAAUCCUGAGAAAGUCUCGGUCGUUGUUCGCCCACCCAAGGAUUUUUCUCGCUUACGAUUGUUCUUUGGUAGCCCAGAUGAGCCGACUGAAGAUAGCGUCGAUCAGCAGCCAACUGACGACGAUGACAUACCGAAUGAUCAGUUCGUCACGAGAAGGGAACCGUCCAGUGAUAUGCUGGCGGAUGAUACCGACGAUUCGGAUCGAGUCCCAGAAACCGCUUCUGUCAACGGCGAUGAGGAUGUGCCCGUUAUUACACUGAGGCGUUUUGUUUACAAGGAACCAGCCAUUGGCGAGAAAUAUCAG